AUGGCUGCGGUUAGCUUUGACGAGGAUGCCACUGUAAAUAGCUUGAUUGAUGUUGAGACAAAUUCAUGGGAUAGAGAGGUGUUGAGGGCUCUCUUCAAUCCAAAUAUAGUUGAGGAGAUUCUCAGAAUCAGACUGCCUUUUAACCGAGUUAGGGAUAAGAUGAUAUGGGAUAAGGAGUCAAGUGGAAACUUUACGAAUGACUGUCGAUGGACUAUUUUUGAGGAUAUUCAGAAAGAUGGUGUGGGAGUGGUACUACGGGAUGCUACUGGUGGAGUGUUAAGGACUGCAACAAAAAGGGAGGAUGUUGUUGAUGAGGCGGCUACAAUUGAAGCUCUUGCAAUACUAAGGGGCUUGCAGCUAUGUAUACCACUUGGCAUUCGCAAGCUUGUGAUCGAAAGUGAUUGUCUUUUGCUUGUUCAAGAAUUGCAAGCUUCAUCAAAUUCUUUAGCUAAUGCAGGUAACAUUAUUGCUGAUGUCAAGCAACUCUUGUCAAGAUUUAAGGAAGUCCAAAUUCAACAUGUUAAUCGUAUGGGGAAUUCUGUAGCUCAUGCAUUGGCUAGGAAUGCUUGGAACGUUGCUGAUAUUUCUGUAUGGUGGGAUCAUCUUCCAUCUUUCCUUCAAAAUUUUUUAUGGCUUGAUGCCAAUUCAUGUAUGGAUGCUGAUUGA